GAUUCCUCUAUAAAAUCUCCCGGCUACGAUUGUUUUCUGAACAUCGAAAGGUUCAAAUAUUCAACCAAUGUUGCCGAUGGACUCGAAAGUCUUAGUAUAAAGGAUCUUUACGAAGAUAAAGACCUUAAGGGCGCGUUAAGGAGACGAUAUAAAAAACUUUAUUCGUUUUCUCAUCCUGGGUGGGGGGUACUUAUUGAAAUUUUAUGGCGUCGUGUUCCGCCCGAGCAGAGAAAGAUACUUGAUGCACUACCAGGCUGGGAAAAUGACACAAGAAUAUCAGGGCCAGGACAGGGGCGAUGA